AUGGGAAACGCCAAGUCGACCGACUCGAAUCCGAAGAAGUCGGUGCGCAGGAAAUCGGCGACCACCCCGAGUACGAGGUACGUGUCCGAUGGUCCGACCGACCGACCCACUCACUCGUUACGUCACGGAUAUAAAAAUAACAUAGUGGUCUCGACGCGGCGGUGGUGCAAGAGCACUUUGUAAUAAAAUCGGCGAAUUGGAUGCGAGAGAGAAGCGGAGUGGGGCAUACAGCACGAGAAGAAACUUGAUGCUGUGGCAGAGCAUGAAUGAACGGAUAACGAGAGAGAGAGAGAGAGAAGGAUCAGUGGCUGGGAACGGGCGAUAGUAUCUCUGGGGGAUAUCACGAACUAACUCCAUCUACUAACAUCUUCUCACAUUCAGAUCUUCCAGCAGCAGCAGCCGUCCGUCGAUAUCUUCCCAAGGCAACCGAAAGCCCCUUCUGAACGCCAGCCAACGUCAAAUCAUCAAAGGAUGCAUGGACAACUCGAAGGACGACGUCGGAGAACGCAUAUUCCGGAGGGCUCGCGACGACUUCAAGCAGUUUAUAGACAAUCUGAGCAAGGUGAGAGAGUAAUCGGAACGAAAUGGACCGGAGAUUCGGGGUUGUUUUCAGGCACAGCGACACGAAAACUCGACUUAUUUGAAGCAGUUUUUGAAGGGAAUCGUGGAAAACUUGCAGGAUAUUGAUGAGAUUAACAGGUACUUGGAAGACUAAAGAAAGAAGACGAGGUUCCGAUUCUUUGCAGACUGUCCGAGGAGUUUGGCUGCAAUCACGUGCAAUUCCGAGCCCAUGGCUUCAAGCCAGACUUCUUCGCGUGCACGGCCGACGCAGUCACCAAAGAGUGCAUCAUUCUCGAUCAGGCCGCCCAUCCGACAAGUGAGACUGCCGCCGCCUGGUCCCUUCUUUCUUCGCACGUCUUCUCGGCGGUCAGAGAUGGGUAUGUACGUUCCGGAAUCUCUGAGACUAGGACCCCGUUGCAGGUACUACGCGGAGCUGCGUCGCCAGCGGAAGAGCAGCAAUGCGUUCCGUGCGCGCGUGUCCGUCGACGUGGUAUCGACCGGAACGGACGACGGAACGAGUCUGUCGAGUGCCACCAGAAGGUCGCUCAUUAUCACUUGACACUUCUUCCUCUUCUCACUAAUUCACUAGUUUUAGAUCUAACUCGCCUCAGGAAGAAAUAGCCGAAACUUUCGAGAACGCCGAGAAUAACUGCGUCGAGACGUCCGGCAAUUUCCUCGCGCCGCCUACGGUUUACUAA